AAGUCGCGUAUGUAUCCAACUUUUCUAGUUGGAUAUAUUGUAGUAUUUGUUUAUGUGUAUUCACAAAUACAUCAUAGAAUACAUUGUUCAGCUCCACUCCCAGUCCCAGUUUCUCUUUGAAAUUUUCAGGAAGGUAGAUAAAAUGAUAAAAGUUAGAUCUGUACAGUUAAUCUCACGGUGGCUUGGAGAUUGGAUUAGAAGAAAGAGAGGCAAUAUAAGCACAGGGAAUUAAUUCAUUGUGCAGCUUUUGCCAUAAUUUAGGUAUGAGUUAGAAGAGCGCAAUUGAAAUGUGGCUGUGGUUGAUAGAAUUUAAAAAAAGGAAAAGAUGUCAGAAACUUUAGAGAGGAGUAAAUAGCACUUUGCUGGCCAGUUGAAGGUGAGAGAUCAGGGAGACGAAAAUGUCAAAGAUAACUUUUACGGAGAAAUUUUCUGUUAAGGUGGAAAAGAAUUUAAAGGACCAGUAAUUACUCAGAGUUUGCUUAACUGCCUUUUCUUUUCAGUGCCUCUUUAAGGCGGUUAUCAACAAACCUGGUCAGUCAUUAACUGUAAUAAUCAUUGUUUCUGAACAGUUAUAGAUGAUAAAUGGAAAUAUAUUUAGACAUUUGCUUCAAGAUUCUAGUCAGCCUCCAGCCCUUCAAGAAAACAUUUUAUAAGUGAUUUUAAUUAGAAGGAGCUCAUGAGUGUGAGAAACCUUGUAUGAAGCCUAGAAGAAGAGAUAAUGACAGGAACUAAAGCUUUGUUAGGUUCAUGCUGCCUGAUAGCUGUUAUAUGCAUAUCACCCUCCUUUCACAUACUCCUUUUAUAGUUGUUUCUUUUUCCUUCUUCUCUGUCCUCUUGGUGUUUUGCUUCACAGGGCGAUUGGAAGGGAUAAUUAGCAAUACUUACUGGAAUUGGUACAUGACCAGACAUAUACUUCAUGCUUAGUAAAUGUUGGUUGGACCCUCCUCCUCCUGAGUACUGUUAGCAACAACAACCUGGUCUUAAAAAAUGUUUACUCACAUAUUUAUUAUUUAAUAUAGAAAAAUAAUUCUUGAAAGCCUACUGUGUGGCAGAGACUGUGGUAGGCAUUUGAAGAUAAUUGUAAGCAAGAUGUCCUUGGCCUCAUAAAGCUUAAAACCCUUCAUAGAAUCUUGGUUCAUGUUAUAUAAUUGUUCACCUGUUUUUUUACUGUCCUGUUUUAGAGUGAAAAUAUUAGAAAUUACAGAGCUACACAGAUAAUGCUCUAGAGUAAAUGACAUCUCAUCCAAACUACUGAGAGUUUAGAACCUUCUGAUAACUUAAGAGAGAUUCUCCAAAAUGUGGCCAGAUUGCAAGGAGUAUCAAAUAUGAGAAAGCUAGGCCAUCUGAAUAACUUUACUAAGCUUCUUUGUGAUAUUGGCCACAGUGAAGAAAAACUAGGCUUUAACUAUGAGGAUAUCAUAAUUUGUUUGCGGUUAGCUUUAUUAAAUGAAGCAAAAGAAGUGCGAGCAGCAGGGCUACGAGCGCUUCGAUAUCUCAUCCAAGACUCCAGUAUUCUCCAGAAGGUGCUAAAAUUGAAAGUGGACUAUUUAAUAGCUAGGUGCAUUGACAUACAACAGAGCAACGAGGUAGAGAGGACACAAGCACUUCGAUUAGUCAGAAAGAUGAUUACUGUGAAUGCUUCCUUGUUUCCUAGUUCUGUGACCAACUCAUUAAUUGCAGUUGGAAAUGAUGGACUUCAAGAAAGAGACAGAAUGGUCCGAGCAUGCAUUGCCAUUAUCUGUGAACUAGCACUUCAGAAUCCAGAGGUGGUGGCCCUUCGAGGUGGACUAAACACCAUCUUGAAAAAUGUGAUCGAUUGCCAAUUAAGUCGAAUAAAUGAGGCCCUAAUUACUACAAUUUUGCACCUUCUUAAUCAUCCAAAGACUCGACAGUAUGUGCGAGCUGAUGUAGAAUUAGAGAGAAUUUUAGCACCCUAUACUGAUUUUCACUACAGACAUAGUCCAGAUACAGCUGAAGGACAGCUCAAAGAAGACAGAGAAGCACGAUUUCUAGCCAGUAAAAUGGGAAUCAUAGCAACAUUCCGAUCAUGGGCAGGUAUUAUUAAUUUAUGUAAACCUGGAAAUUCUGGGAUCCAGUCUCUAAUAGGAGUACUUUGCAUACCAAAUAUGGAAAUAAGGCGAGGUCUACUUGAAGUGCUUUAUGAUAUAUUUCGUCUUCCUCUACCUGUUGUGACUGAGGAGUUCAUAGAAGCACUACUCAGUGUAGAUCCAGGGAGGUUCCAAGACAGUUGGAGGCUUUCAGAUGGCUUUGUGGCAGCUGAGGCAAAAACUAUUCUUCCUCAUCGUGCCAGAUCCAGGCCAGACCUCAUGGAUAAUUAUUUGGCACUGAUACUCUCUGCAUUUAUUCGUAAUGGACUUUUAGAGGGUCUAGUUGAAGUGAUAACAAACAGUGAUGAUCAUAUCUCAGUUAGAGCUACCAUCCUUUUAGGAGAGCUUUUACAUAUGGCAAACACAAUUCUUCCUCAUUCACAUAGCCAUCAUUUGCACUGCUUGCCAACCCUAAUGAAUAUGGCUGCAUCCUUUGAUAUCCCCAAGGAAAAGAGACUGCGAGCCAGUGCAGCCUUGAACUGUUUAAAACGCUUCCAUGAAAUGAAGAAACGAGGACCUAAGCCUUAUAGUCUUCAUUUAGACCACAUUAUUCAGAAAGCAAUUGCAACACACCAGAAACGGGAUCAGUAUCUCCGAGUUCAGAAAGAUAUAUUUGUUCUUAAGGAUACAGAGGAAGCUCUUUUAAUUAACCUUAGAGAUAGCCAAGUCCUUCAACAUAAAGAGAAUCUUGAAUGGAAUUGGAAUCUUAUAGGGACCAUUCUUAAGUGGCCAAAUGUAAAUCUAAGAAACUAUAAAGAUGAACAGUUACACAGGUUUGUACGAAGACUACUUUAUUUUUACAAGCCCAGCAGUAAAUUAUAUGCCAACCUGGAUCUGGAUUUUGCCAAGGCCAAACAGCUCACGGUUGUAGGUUGCCAGUUUACAGAAUUUCUUCUUGAAUCUGAAGAGGAUGGGCAAGGAUACUUAGAAGAUCUAGUAAAGGAUAUUGUUCAGUGGCUCAAUGCUUCAUCUGGAAUGAAACCUGAAAGAAGUCUUCAAAAUAAUGGUUUAUUGACCACCCUUAGUCAACACUACUUUUUAUUUAUUGGAACACUUUCUUGCCACCCUCAUGGAGUUAAAAUGCUGGAAAAAUGCAGUGUAUUUCAGUGUCUCCUUAAUCUUUGCUCCUUGAAAAACCAAGAUCACUUGCUAAAACUUACUGUUUCUAGCUUGGACUAUAGCAGAGAUGGAUUGGCUAGAGUCAUCCUUUCCAAAAUUUUAACUGCAGCUACUGAUGCCUGCAGACUCUAUGCAACAAAACAUUUAAGGGUAUUAUUGAGAGCUAAUGUUGAAUUCUUUAAUAAUUGGGGAAUUGAGUUGUUAGUGACCCAGCUACAUGAUAAAAACAAAACGAUUUCCUCUGAAGCUCUUGAUAUCCUCGAUGAAGCAUGUGAAGACAAGGCCAAUCUUCAUGCUCUCAUUCAGAUGAAACCAGCAUUAUCCCACCUUGGAGACAAGGGUUUGCUUCUCCUGCUGAGAUUUCUCUCCAUUCCAAAAGGAUUUUCCUAUCUGAAUGAAAGAGGUUAUGUAGCAAAACAAUUGGAAAAGUGGCACAAGGAAUACAACUCCAAAUAUGUUGACUUGAUUGAGGAACAACUCAAUGAAGCACUUACUACUUACCGGAAGCCUGUUGAUGGUGAUAACUAUGUUCGUCGGAGUAACCAAAGAUUACAGCGUCCUCACGUCUACCUGCCUAUACACCUUUAUGGACAACUAGUACACCAUAAAACAGGCUGCCAUUUGUUGGAAGUACAGAAUAUUAUUACAGAACUCUGUCGUAAUGUUCGUACACCAGAUUUGGAUAAGUGGGAAGAAAUUAAAAAACUGAAAGCAUCUCUUUGGGCCUUGGGAAAUAUCGGCUCAUCAAAUUGGGGUCUCAAUUUGCUACAGGAAGAAAACGUGAUUCCAGAUAUACUAAAACUUGCAAAACAGUGUGAAGUUCUUUCCAUCAGAGGGACCUGUGUAUAUGUACUUGGGCUCAUAGCUAAAACCAAACAAGGCUGUGAUAUUCUAAAAUGUCACAACUGGGAUGCUGUGAGGCAUAGUCGCAAACAUCUGUGGCCAGUGGUUCCAGAUGAUGUGGAACAACUCUGUAAUGAACUUUCAUCUAUCCCAAGCACUCUAAGUUUGAACUCAGAGUCAACCAGCUCUAGACAUAAUAGUGAAAGUGAAUCUGUGCCAUCGAGUAUGUUCAUAUUGGAGGAUGACCGGUUUGGCAGCAGCUCUACUAGUACAUUUUUCCUUGAUAUCAACGAAGAUACAGAGCCAGCAUUUUAUGACCGAUCUGGACCCAUAAAGGAUAAAAAUUCAUUCCCUUUCUUUGCUUCUAGUAAACUUGUGAAGAAUCGUAUCUUAAAUUCGCUUACUUUGCCUAACAAAAAACAUCGUAGUAGCAGUGAUCCAAAAGGAGGGAAAUUAUCAUCUGAAAGUAAGACAAGCAACAGGCGAAUCAGAACACUUACGGAGCCCAGUGUUGAUUUUAAUCAUAGUGAUGAUUUUACACCCAUAUCCACUGUACAGAAAACAUUACAAUUAGAGACUUCAUUUAUGGGGAAUAAGCACAUUGAAGACACUGGUAGUACACCAAGCAUUGGAGAAAAUGACUUAAAAUUCACCAAGAAUUUUGGUACAGAGAAUCACAGAGAAAAUACAAGCCGAGAGAGGUUAGUAGUAGAAAGUUCAACGAGCUCACAUAUGAAGAUACGUAGCCAAAGUUUUAAUACAGACACUACAACAAGUGGCAUAAGUUCAAUGAGCUCAAGUCCUUCACGAGAGACAGUAGGUGUAGAUGCUACAACUAUGGACACAGACUGUGGAAGCAUGAGUACUGUGGUAAGUACUAAAACUAUUAAGACAAGCCACUAUUUGACGCCACAGUCUAACCAUCUGUCUCUCUCCAAAUCAAAUUCGGUGUCCCUGGUGCCUCCAGGUUCUUCUCAUACACUUCCUAGAAGAGCACAGUCCCUUAAAGCACCCUCUAUUGCUACAAUUAAAAGUCUAGCAGAUUGUAACUUUAGUUACACAAGUUCUAGAGAUGCUUUUGGCUAUGCUACACUGAAAAGACUACAGCAACAAAGAAUGCAUCCAUCCUUAUCUCACUCUGAAGCUUUGGCAUCUCCAGCAAAAGAUGUGCUAUUUACUGAUACCAUCACCAUGAAGGCCAACAGUUUUGAGUCCAGAUUAACACCAAGCAGGAUCGAUUUUAAAAAGAAGCAUGUCGGGGGAAUCAGGAGCUUAAGACCUACAAUAACAAACAACCUUUUCAGGUUCAUGAAAGCCUUAAGUUAUGCAUCAUUAGAUAAAGAAGAUUUAUUGAGUCCUAUUAAUCAAAAUACCCUGCAACGAUCUUCCUCAGUGCGGUCCAUGGUGUCCAGUGCCACAUAUGGGGGUUCAGAUGAUUACAUUGGUCUUGCUCUCCCGGUGGAUAUAAAUGAUAUAUUCCAGGUAAAGGAUAUUCCCUAUUUUCAGACAAAAAACAUACCACCACAUGAUGAUCGAGGUGCAAGAGCAUUUGCCCAUGAUGCAGGAGGUCUUCCAUCUGGAACUGGAGGUCUUGUAAAAAAUUCUUUUCACUUGCUACGACAGCAGAUGAGUCUUACGGAAAUAAUGAAUUCAAUCCAUUCAGAUGCCUCUCUGUUUUUAGAAAGUACAGAAGACACUGGACUACAGGAACAUACAGAUGAUAACUGCCUUUACUGUGUCUGUAUUGAAAUUCUGGGUUUCCAGCCCAGCAACCAACUGAGUGCAAUAUGUAGUCAUUCAGACUUUCAAGACAUUCCAUAUUCUGAUUGGUGUGAGCAGACUAUCCAUAAUCCUUUAGAAGUGGUUCCCUCUAAGUUUUCGGGGAUUUCUGGAUGCAGUGAUGGGGUGUCUCAAGAAGGCUCAGCUAGCAGCACCAAAAGCACAGAAUUGUUACUAGGUGUUAAAACAAUUCCAGAUGAUACACCAAUGUGCCGUAUACUCCUUCGCAAAGAAGUUCUAAGAUUAGUCAUUAAUUUGAGUAGUUCAGUUUCAACUAAAUGUCAUGAGACUGGGCUUUUAACAAUUAAAGAGAAGUAUCCUCAAACAUUUGAUGACAUAUGCCUUUACUCUGAGGUUUCCCAUUUGCUGUCACACUGCACAUUCAGACUUCCGUGUCGGAGGUUCAUACAAGAAUUAUUUCAAGAUGUACAGUUUCUACAAAUGCAUGAAGAAGCAGAGGCUGUGUUGGCAACACCACCAAAGCAACCUAUAGUUGAUACAUCUGCUGAAUCCUGACCUCAUAUUUAUGAUGGAUAUAGAUACAUACUAUAUAUAUUCAUAUUUGUGGAUUUCCUAAAAGCCUCAGAAAAUACGACUGACUAGGCAGCAAAGACAGGAGUAUCUUCUGUACACUGUUCCGCAGUUACUGGUACAUGAACAGUUGGAACUGCUGACUUUCCUAACCAAAACAACUUCCUUCUCUCCUUUGUUGAGCCUUUUGAGGGGUUCAUGAUUCAUUACCACAGUUUUAAGAGUUUUAGUUACCAUUGUAUGCAAGAGCCAAGCACUGAAUACCUACAUAGGUUUUCUAUUUUCUUUCAUUUUAAAAGCAUAAUGACAGUGGAACAAUAAUGGGAUAUGCAGAAGCACCCUUCACAAGUUAUUUCUGAAUGAUUUUUAGGGUAAAUAUACAGAUGCCUUGUUUGUUAACUAACUUGUGGAAAGCAGGAAUCAGUGUCUCUAAGGCUGCAUCCUGUUACCACAAUGGGGUGUGCUAUAACUGCUGGUAUUAGAGAGGGAACUUUGGCCCUUUCACGUUUUUCUUAAUGUUUGUAACACUACUUCAGAGGUUUAUGACCUCAAAGCAGAAGAAGAGCCUCAACAACCCGGGACUUAUAAGUUAUUUUUAUGUUACUAGACUUGCAUAAAGAUUCUUGUUUUCCAACUCUUCAUUUUGUUGCAAUGUGUUAUUACAGGAUAUAUGAACCAAUUAAGGUUUUUCACUACAGUUCUUCAAUAAAAUUUAAAAAUCAUUUCUUAUUUUAAUUAAAAAUAUUUCCCAUUUAUAGAAUGCAUAUAUUUGCAAUGGACUUCCACUUUCAUCAAGUUUCCAUCUCAUCACUUUAAACAGGAACUUGAACAAGCACUGUUAGUUUAGACCUAAAGGAUAGGAAAGCAUUAAAUAAUACUUUGGAUCUCCUGAGGAAAAGAUAAGUUUGCUUGCAAUUUACACAUUCCAUGGGGAAAGAAGAGCCAUAUUUCCUUAAAAAAAACAUUAAUAAAGCUUGUUAUUAAGAAAAAUUGUAGUGAAAAGCCUUAAGUACCAAAUUUUAAAGCAGCAGUAACUUAAUUUUUCUAUCAGUGUUUUUGUUUUGCACAAACUAAAUGCAGUGGUGGGUGGGUUUAUGAGUAUAUUAAUUGCCUUUAUCCAUUUGUGAAGUUAAGUUGAUGAGGGCAAGGUUUUUGUUUGUUUAAUUUGUAUAUGUCUAAAGGUAUUUGGAACUUUUUACAGGAAUUAAACAUAUAUGCAAAUUUGUAUAUAAAAAUAGCAUGGCCAUCAUUUGAAUGCUUGUAAAUGAAAGGAUUAUCUUUUUUGAGAUCUAUAUAUAAAUAGAAAUAGAAAAUCCAGCUGGACUGAUUAGGAUUCUUUUUUAAUUCAUUUGUGUAUAACAUUUUUAUUACAAUUACACAUCAGUUUUGACACAGUCAUAGCAACAUUAAUAUUUUCCCAUAAUGCAGAUCCUUUUUGUAAUGGGCUUGUUCUUUGAGAUCUCUGUAAAGAACCCUGUGAACUAGAAAACAUAACUCACAGAGAUACUUUUUUAAAAAAUUUAUUUACUGGCACUGAAAGUUCCAGUUGGGAUGAAGCAUUUCAUCUCACUUCAUAACACCUCUUUGACUGCACUUCAGUGAAUUGUUCUUAUGUGCACUGUGUAGCAACUUACAUUAUAACAAAGCAGAUAAGGGCUGUAAGCUGCUGCUUAUAUUGAAAAGUGGUUCUUCAGAUUUUCUCUCAUAAAAUCCAAUUGAAGAUAAAUAAUUUUUUUAUACUUUAUCACUGAACCCAUGUGUUUAUUUAAAUGUCAACAGUACUUCUAAGAACGUUGCCUGUCAUCGUGAUCUUUGGUCUUGGAUAACUAAACUGCCUUUCCAGAGAACCAAAUGUCAGAGUUACUAGACCAAAUAGUGGUUAAAACCUCCAAAGGAAGUAAUGUAGUAAUCUUAUUCAUAAUGGGAUUAACAUAUUUUAGACAUUCAUUUUAAACACUACCUCAGUUAAUAUAGAGUAUAAAAUCUGUGGUUUAAUCCCUCAAGAGUUAACAGUAAUUUUUUUUUGUCUUACACACACACACACACACACACACACACACACACACACACACACACACACACACACACACACACACACACACACACACACACACACCCACCCUCCCCCACCAUCACUAUCCCUGUACCCUCACCUUGGUCAUCUAUCCUGAAAUAAGGCUUAGUUAGUAUUGGCCUGAAUGUUUUGUGUGUUUUUUUUUUUUUUUUACUGUUACUUUGAAAAAUAUGUAUGUAUACCUUAUCAUAUCUGCCUAUAUCACUUACUUUGGGGAGAUACUCAGAGCUUUGUGGUUAUCAGUAUACUAAAAAAAAAAAAGUCUACACUUAAAUUUAUAGUGCUAUUUGGUUUCUCCAUGAUUUCACUGACAGGUCUAAUACAUUUUCUUUGAGUACUUGUUUGUAAAAAGUAGACUUUAUGGUGAAAAACACAUGCAGUGCCAAGUGAUUAACUUAGGUGUUUAAAAAUAUUAAAUUAUAGCAGAAGAGGUUAGGAAUGAUAUCAGCAGUAAUAGAAAUAAUUGAGAAAAUCAUCUAUAAAUAAUAGAUAUUACAGACUAUAGAAUACCAAAAUAAUGUCAAUACUGUAGUUUUUAAAGAUUUUAGGAUUAAUCUUAGUCCAUAUAAAUUUGUACUAUUGGUAAUUAUUGAAUAAUUGGGAGGAAUCUGGGCAGUUGUGCUGGUUGUAAACUGUGAAUUUCUAAUCGUAAAGUGAAUUGUUAUUUCUAAUUGAACUUUUUUUCAAGAACAGAUUUCAGCCUCACAUACUAAGUAAAUACUGAUAAAUAAGGAAAUUAGAAAUUUAGUAUUCAUAAUUAAAUAUGCUCUAAAAUUUCUUAUACUUUUAUUUCCUGUUUAUUCUUAGGUAGAUUGGAAGGGGGAAACAGUCUGUUCUCCCUAAUUAAAUUUUUUCUAAUAACGAUUAGUAGAAUAAGGACAUUCUAUAUGACAGUGACAUUAAAAGAGGCUCUUUGGAAGUAUAUACAUUAUUAUUACAUAAUGUGUACAAGUCCUUUUGAAAUGACAACUUUAAUGGGUUUCAGCUCUUUUAUCUAGAGCUCGAGAUAAUUCAAGCUGAGUUUUUCAGGGCAUAUCACAACGGCAAAGUGUUCAGCAGUGGGAUAUCAAUGCUUAUUUACAUUUUCCUACUGCUAUUUAUAUAAAAUGUUAUUUCAUUCCAUUCAGAGGAUGCCUUUUAUCCCCACAUUAAAGCACAGAUCAUUAAGCAAUAAAAACCAAAUUGUCUGUCAUUCAAAUUAUAACUGCAGUUAUUUUUGCAUGGUAAGAGUGAGGUGCUAAUUUUGUGUGAGAUGAACUUUGUAAACUACUUUGGGAAAUGUUCUUUGGAAGUAAGGUUUUUUCCCCUUUAGUCUUAUGCUUCCACUUUUGUCUCAGAUUCACAAUCCAUUAAAACAUGGGGAAAAAAGAAAAGGUAAAAUUGAGAGACUUUUGUUAGAGGAGCUAUUUGGAAUGAACCAACAUUUCAGAUUUUCCAGAAUGUGAGUUAGGAAGUCUCCAUUGUCUCUGCAUUAACAAAAUACACUGUUACUAUCUUAAUCUCAAGAGUGUCAUUACAGUGAGAAUCUCAUUUAAAAGCAUACCAGUGAAAUUAAUAGCAGUGCUUAUCAAAGAACACUGAAAUCUGUGAGAAUCUUUCUAGGAGCGUUCUUUUCUUCUUUUAGUUCCAAGUUCCAGGGUAUUUUUCAUUCCUAGUAGGUUUAUAUGACUCACAGAAUGUGGACUUUUUUCCUGUUUGGAGUAUUUUUGUAAUGUAAGUAUCAGAUAGCUACACCACAGCAUGCAUAAAUUGCACAUUUUGUUUUACUUUCUUUAUAGAAUAUUUAAUUUCAAAAAUAUAAUUUAUGCCAAAAAAAGCAUACCUUUCAAUUUUGCUACUUGGUUGAUUUAGCACAAAAUGCAAAGUCUUGGGGCAGAGAGGGGGAGUGAAAAAAAUUUUAUAGGUAAUUGUUACAAAAAUGCCUGUCAGAAACCCUAAAGCUGCAUUGUAAAACAAAUGGUGUAAAUUAGUUUUGAAAAGUGGUAAGGAAUUGUGAAAAAAAUCUCAGACUUAAUGCUCUCUAACCACAUGAGUUUCUUCUUUUUUAUUUAGUAAUACGCUGCUACAUAUUUGGAGGUUCUGGUGUUUGUAGGUCACUGAACAGACAUUGAAAUCUGAUUUAUAUUGUAUAACUGUAACAUAGAAAGAAAAAGUAUUUAUAUUUUUUCUGUAAGAAUAUUUCAUUGAGUUGUGUAUAAUUUAAAUAAGAUUUGUCCCCAAAUGGUUUUGCUCACCUUGAUUUUUUUUGUUGUGAUUUUCUUGUUUUUGUAUAAUGUGUAUAGUUUAUGUCAAGGGCAUUAAAAGCCUCCUGAAGCAUAAUCUUAUCAAAGGGAUACAUUGUUAAUAAAAUGUACUUAAAAUUCUUAAA